GGAGGGUCAUCAUUCUCCACGAUGUCCAUCAGUCUGUGCAGCAUCCUCCUCUCCAGAGGCCUCAGCACAGAGCCAGCCUUCUUCAUCAGCUUCUUCCCUGGCCUCAGUUACACUUAAAGUGGACAAUUUGUGUCAUUGUUCAGUUUGAAUCACAAACCAUAAGAACCAAGCAACAAAUGCAUUCUACAGAAACAAAGUGUGCCCAUGUCAACAUUUACCUGUUGUCUGUGUGUGUGCCAAGGUAAACCCAGAGUGAAGGGUGCAAAGAAAACUAAGGAGGAAAUCGACUCCACCUCCUAUAGGCUAAGCCCUGCCUUCUCCUCUCGCCUGCAUGAGGCCAACCACCGAAUCAGGACACGGAGACAGCUGGAUGGGCUGCAGCUGCAGACGGAGCUGCUGCAGACAGAGAAGGAGUACGCUGAUGUCACCCACCCGUUUCACCUCACUCAGAGGUUCCAGAUGUUGCAGAUGUUCUGUGGUCACCUGCAGGAUGUCCUGAAGGAUCAGAACCAUCUGAAACAGAGGCUGAUGAAGCUGCCAGGCCACACCAACCUGCCCAUCCAGGCUCACCUGCACAGGUGUGUGGUGGAGGUGGUGAAGAUGCUGCUGGACUUCAUAGAGACUCUGGAGGAGAAGCUGAGCUCCAUCCACAGCUGGACCACAACCAGAGACCGCCUCUCUCAGCUGAAUACCUCUCUUGCCCAGCUGCUGGCUUUGGUGGUGGACCUGCAGAGUUUGUCCAGUCAGAUUCUUCAGUGGAAGGAAGUUGGCUGCAGAUUGACAGCACUGUAUGAUGACCUCUGACCUUCAUCCACCUGUACUACUCUGUAGGCUACAUGGAUACGGAACCUGCUCACAGACAUCCAUCAUGUCAGAAACAUUUGAUGAUUUGAAAUAAAACCAGAUUAUAAAAUAAAAUUUGUUCCCUCA